AUGCAACGGCGAGUCUCUUCGAAUGCUCAAACUUCAAACUCUAUUGUCGACUCAGAAUCAUCUGAAUUUGAUUCCUUUUCCUCGAUAAUUACUCCUAACGUGAAAAUAGGCAUUAAACCUCUACCUCUGACUUCUGCGUUAGUGAAAUCUGACCGUACUCUUGUUGAAAGCUUAAACUCGUUGGGAUAUGAUUGUGUUCUUUUACCCGUUACUAAUGCAAGGUACAAAGAGAAUUGCAAGGCCUAUUUCCUUGAAUUCAGGCAGCGAUUCAAUGGUUCGGUUCCUUCGUCCUCUGACUUCACCUUAUCCACAAUUUCCGAUGUCGGCAAAUUGUUGGGAAGUCAGGCGAGUGAUUCCUUGGGCCGUUCAGAUGAUAAAAUUGAUCUGGUCAUGCAUGAUUCCGAAGUCGACGCACCAGUAAAUGAAAGCGCUGAAGCUGUCAACCACAAUCAAAAUAGCGAGGAGAAUGAGCAAAAGAGUGAACUCGAUGAUGAUGACAAUGACUACGACCUUAACUCACUGAUGGUGCCUCAUCCUAAAUUAAACGAGAUCAAUAUCAUUACGGGACCACAUAUUGUCAAUACUAUCGGCCUUCUUUCCUCUUGGGUUGAAUUGGAUAACGAAAGCAGGUUAAUCAAUGAGUUUUCGCUGCAGGUCAUUAUAAAUGAGGUUUCAUAUGCUCAGUAUACAGGUAUCAGCACCUUGCUUAUUGCCCCUCCAAAGAAUAUCAACAAUUUGCAGACCUAUGCUGACAACCUAAAUACUAUUCUUCAAAUGUAUCCGAACAUAGAGCUGUCCAUAUCUCUUCCUAUCUGUGAAGAUACUAAACAAGAUCCGAUUACUGGAGAGACAAUGCCCAUGAUUGAUCCAUUUUCUACCUGGGAUAUUUGGAAUUCCAUUAGAAUUCAAUGCAAUUAUAAUAGUAAAUUGUCUAUUUCGUUGGGUUCUCCAAAAACCAAUGUUCCACAAAGUGUGGUUAAUCGGUGGUUACUCGAACCUGUUCGGUUUUAUCUCAUAUCCAGUUAUCGUUUCAUUCCCAACAGCAAGAACUAUCCUGUUCUUAAUAAGUUCAAUCAAUUGAUUAUCUGGAAAUUCAUUCAGAGAAAAGCACUGUCUCCACCUACUUUACUCCUUCACGGAGUGGAUAAAGAAAAUAUGACGAUUUCUUCCAGGGUUCCUGACUCUACAGUGACUUCAAUAUCUUCUUCAUCAGUAACCUCUCGGGGAACAAGCGGUAAGAGAAAUUCUGUGAUCGUUACUGUCGACGGAAAACAUGUAUCUUUGGGAGAUUUGGCUUACCUUGAGUAUAUUCGCUAUCUUAUUGCUGUAAGCUACAGGAAUAAUCAGUUACUUCCGUUCGAAAACUUUACCCUAAACAGUUUUCUACGCCUAAACUUGCGUCCGGAUCAAAUCUAUUCCCCUGAGAGUUUGCAAACUCCUUUACAGCCUCUCUCUUCCAAUUUGGAUAAUAAUACCUAUAGAAUAUUUGAGCAAGAUCAUGCCAAGUAUGAGACAUAUCAGAAAGCAAUAACUGCUGCGUUAGUCGAUCUUUCCAAUACUCCUCGGUUCCAUCAUCUUAAAGGAUCCAAUGCCCAUGGCUCGUCGGCUCUUCCUCUAUCAACUGGAGUGGACAGUAGUCAAGUCACAGAUGCUGGUUCUGAAGAGAAUUCCAGAAAUUGUCUACUGAAAAUUCUUGUGGUGGGUCCUGGAAGGGGACCCCUUAUUGAAAGACUCUUUUCAUCUAUUCGAUUACUCGACUUGAACUUGAAACAUAUCCGUAUUGUGGGGAUAGAAAAAAACACAAACGUGAUGCUCUAUCUAAAAGGAAGAAACAAGGACCAUUGGAAUGGUAAGGUUCAGCUCUAUAAUUGUGAUGCCCGCUUUUGGGAGCCUUCAUCUUCACAGGAAACUGGAUUCAACUUGAUAAUCAGCGAGCUACUUGGAAGUUUUGGUUGUAACGAACUUGCUCCCGAGAGCCUCGAUUACAUCGCUCAAUUCUGUGAUCAUCAAGACUCUGUGUUCAUUCCAUCAGAGUUUAGCACUUUUGUUGCUCCAGUUAUUUCUCCUGCACUCUACAGUAAAGUGAUAAAGCUCUAUGAUUCUGCAAAGUUUGAUCGACCUUUUCUUCCUCUAUGGGAUGAAUUUGAUAUGCUGUCUUCCAAGUAUGCCAGGGUCUGGACAUUUCGUCAUCCUUCACGUAAUCUCGGAGGUCAGAAGACCUACAACGGUACUAGAGGAUCAUUUGAAAACAAACAUAACAGGAGGCAGGCACAUGUUAUAUUGAAGUGUCAUAGAAAAGGAACGAUACAUGGACUAAUAGGUUAUUUCUCCGCCGUCCUAUACAAAGAUGUUGUUUUGUCCACAUGUCCCACUGGCAAUGGGCCCACCCCACGCAAUUUAGUUUCUUGGCUUCCUUUUUAUCUCCCUAUAGAACAACCUAUUCAUCUUACUGACGAACAGGAAUUGAGUAUUUUUAUCAAAAGAGAAUGCCAGGAUGGUAGGGUCUGGUACGAAUGGUCCAUGGAGGCUUUCAUGUAUCUUUUAUUACCAGGCAGAACUUCAGGUCUAAGGAACGAUAGUAACACUGAUUCCGAAAUGGAUGUCGACAAUGAUGGUUCCCAGGUCAGAGUGCGUACAGGAGUUACCAGAAUUCACAAUGCCUACGGUUCUCAUUACUCUAUGAAGCUUUGCUAA